AUUUUGCAUAAUGCAGAUAUUUAGAGUCCGUGUAAAUAUAUUUAAUGAUUUGCAAAUAUCUAUAGUUUUUUGUCCGAGUCUCCUUAUUCCUGUGCACUUUCUCAAAGUUCGGGUAGAUAUUCGCCUGUGCGAGCGCUUUUUAUCGAGCUUCGAGUAGAAUUUUUCUGUUUUCCGGAAGUCACAGAAAUUUUCAAAAAACAUUUGGCAUCUCUGUCUAGAGCAUGCGAUUAAAAAAAUUAGAAGUAGAAUAACAACCAUAACAACGCGUGCGGGAUUAUCAAACACAAUUUUGGUAGCUGAUUAUUUUCACUAAAUUUGCUUUUAUAAAGCCAAAAUGUAUUUGAUGUACGAUAUCAAUGGAAAGGGUGAGCGUGUGUAUACUUUGAAGAAACAUAACCCUCAAGGAACGCCAACACAAUCAGCGCAUCCAGCACGGUUCUCCCCAGAGGAUAAAUACUCGCGCCAUCGAAUCAUUAUCAAAAAACGGUUCGGGUUGCUACUCACGCAAAAACCUGAGCCCGUUUAUUAAUUGUUUAAUUCGUCUUGUAAUUAAGAUAUUAAGUAUAUAACAUAUAAUGAUAAUAUAAAGAAUACUUCUUUUUUAUUUACUCGCAU